ACUGAGAUCGUCUUGGCCCUCGCUACCCUCCACCAAACCCAACACCAUAGUCCAUCAUAAAGUCCAUCACAAAAAUAGGACCACUUUGAAACAUUUUUAAAUGUCCAGGUUCCAGUCUGUCUCUGUGUCUCCCUUUUUUUCUUUUAAGAGCUCUCUUGGAGGUCAGACUUUGGUAUUUAGCAAUAAACUUCUGGUGUGUGUGUGUGUGUGUGUGUGUGUUGUGUGAGUGAGUGUGCACCUGUUUGGCCCUUUUAAUACCAGAUAGGACAAGAUACACAUUAACAAGGGAGUCUGAAUAAGAAAGAUGUGAGGCCGUGAAGGCCAUGGCUAUUCUGUACUAUAGUGUCAUAAAGAGUGGCCUGAGACAGAUGCAAAUGCAGUUAAAGCAUUUUAUUGGAAGACAGGCAAACAAAUCCAAAACGUUAGGCAAAUUCAAAAUCAGAUACCAGGCAAGGGUCAGGCAAUAAGCAAACAGCAUAAACUGAGAUAUAUCAAAAUAUGGAAACCAGGAAACAGGCAAAGUCAAAGCCAGAAUAGCGAAAGGCUUGGUAAGUACAGAGGUUUACACAACUGAGCAUUACUUCACAACGAGUCUUUGUUUGAGAGUCUCUUUUAAGUGUGCAGCUAAUUGGGAACAGGUGAGUGUAAUCAAAAGUCAGGGGAUUGUGAACGUUAGCGAUGCUGAGUUCUGGGAAGCUUAGUCUGGGGCGGCCAUGUCUGUAGGCUGUGGUGUGUUCUGGGAAACUGUGAAACAGACACUGCAUUACUGGUAAAGGUUCACAGACAGGAGGAAAUUUCGAACAGAGCAACAUCAUUGCAGCAGAGAUGGAAAAUAUGAUAAAACGGAGGGUGGGAUACCACAUCCAGCGGGAAGUCAUGGACGAACUCAAAGUUGAUGAAGUUGCAAAAAAAACAGAUGUCCAUACAUCACUGUUUGACAAAAUUAAGGAGUCAAUGAGGUGUUCUCGUUCUCAUGUGAAGAGCUGCUUUCUGUCAUGUAUUCCCCUGCUGUCAUGGCUGCCACAUUACUCACUGAGAGAACAUGCUUUCGGCGAUGUCGUCUCGGGGAUCAGUGUGGGCAUCAUGAACCUGCCACAAGGUCUAGCAUAUGCACUACUUGCUUCUGUCCCACCUGUGUUUGGCCUGUACUCAUCCUUCUACCCGAUCUUUGUCUACUUCAUCUUUGGGACUUCUAGGCAUAUCUCAAUGGGUACAUUCGCAGUGAUGAGCGUGAUGAUCGGUGGUGUGACAGAGCGCAUGGCUCCGGAUUCAGAUUUCAUGAUCUUGAGCAACGUCUCCAACGUCAGUAUCAUAGACACUGUGGCCCGUGACAAUGAGAGGGUCAAGAUUGUUGCGGCUGUUACCUUUCUGUCUGGCAUUAUUCAGUUGCUCUUAGGUCUAGCGCAGUUUGGUUUUGUGGUGAUGUAUCUUUCUGAGCCCCUAGUUUGUGGCUACACUACAGGAACAGCUAUUCAUGUCAUUGUGUCCCAGGUAAAAUAUGCACUUGGGAUCCACCCCCAACGCUACAGUGGACCUCUCUCUCUUAUAUAUACGGUGUUGGACGUGUGUUCACUGCUCGGUGAGACAAACAUCGGCACACUGGUUGUAAGCAUUGUAACCAUCGUGGGUCUGAUCAUUGCUAGGGAAGUGAAUGACUACCUGGCACCCAAACUUCCUGUUCCUAUUCCUUUUCAGCUUUUUGCUCUUGUUAUAGGUACUGUAGUGUCAUGGCACUUUGAUUUCAAGACGAGGUACAAUAUGCACGUUGUAGGCCAAAUACCAUCUGGUCUGAGGGCUCCAGCAAUGCCUGCAUUCUCUAAAAUGGGAUCUAUGAUCAGUGAUGCAUUCGCUAUAUCUGUUGUGGGUUAUGGGAUCACCAUCUCCCUCGGCCGAAUGUUUGCUUUCAGAUUUGGAUAUAAAAUCAACAGCAACCAGGAGCUGUUAGCUUUGGGGCUGUGCAACUUGAUCGGUGGGAUUUUCCAGUGCUUAACCACCAGCUCCUCCAUAUCUCGCAGUAUGGUACAGAUUAACACUGGGGGAAAGACUCAGUUUGCAGGUGCUGUCUCAGCUGUAGUGAUAUUUGUGGUCUUGCUGAAGUUCGGACAACUCUUUGAAGACCUGCCAAAGGCAGUAUUGUCUGCUGUUGUCUAUGUGAACCUACAUGGCAUGUUGAGGCAAUUUGGAGAAAUUCCAAGACUAUGGAGGAAAGACAGAGUGGACAUGCUGGUCUGGGUGAUGACGUUUAUUCUGACUGUGCUGUUAAAUCCUGAUCUGGGUUUGGCUGCGUCCGUCGCCUUCUCCAUGCUCACCGUUAUAAUCAGGACACAGCUAUCGAGGUAUUCUCUCCUUGGUCAGAUUCCUGGCACUGACAUCUACAAACCCAUAGAGGACUAUAACCAGGUUACACAGAUUCCUGGUCUUGUGAUUUUCCGGUGCUCUGCUACACUGUACUUUGCAAAUGCAGAGAUGUAUGUGGCACACCUCUAUGAGAAGAGUGGGGUAGAUGUGCCUAAACUCCUCUCCCACAAGAAGAAGCUAGAGGCAAAGAGACGCCAAAGAGAGAAGAAAGAGGCAAAACGAGCAAAGAAACAAGCAAACGGUACGGCACCAGAAAUGUCAGACCUGGAAGAAAAAUAUGAGGUUGCAGUGGUUAUGACUCGAGAACACAACCAGAGCCCUGACCUCACUAUGCCUAAGGCCAUCAUCCUCGAUCUGAGUCCAGUGAACUUCCUUGAUACAGUGGGAGUGAAAACAUUACACAAUAUCCAUGAGGACUUUGGGAGUGCUGGAAUUAAAGUGUUCUUAUCAGGCUGUCAACGAUGUGUUAUUGACCGUUUGGAGAAGGGAGAUUUCUUCCAUGACAAAGUCACUGAGCCAAUUCUCUUUUCCACUGUGCAUGAUGCUGUUCUUCACUGCCAAGGAAAAAACGCACAGGCGAUUGAGAAGGCCACAUAUUUCUGAACCUGAAUCCAUCUCAUACAUGGAAUGGAGCAUCGCAAAUGCAGCAAGAAAUAUUUGAUAACUCUAGAAACUAACAAACAUCUUUUAAAACCAAUCUUUUAAAAAUAAUUAGGUUUUUUUACAUGUAUAUGUCUGUAAAUCCACCUUAAUUAAUGACAAAAUGUAAUAGCUGAAAGUUAAUUGAUGUAUAAAUAUCAGCAUGUUAUUGUGGAGACACUAGGUGCCACUAUAUAAUGUCACGUAUACUACAGCAGAUUCAGGGUGAUCUUUUAGACAGUCAUUAAGUCAAUGAGGACAUAAUAUUAAAUUGACUUAAUUUGGGAUUAAAUUUACUUAACAAGCUUGAAAAUCAUUUCUAUGUUAAUAAAAUAUAAUGCAUUAAUGCAUUUAUUGCCAAAAGUGCCAAAAUUAUGUUAAUGUUAUUUACAUCACUUCACUGUUGAAUUUUAAUUCUGAUUGGUCAGAAGGUGUUAAUUUCUAUAACAACAGCUUUGACAAUAGUGCUGGCUGCAAGCCAUUUCACAGGUUUAUAUUAAUAUGUGCGUUCUAAUACGUUAUCAUGUCUAUAGUAACAGCUUGUUCACAAGGACUUAUAUGGCAGAUGUUUCACAUAAUCUAAGCGUAAUAAGAAUGAUAUUUAUUUAAAAGGUGUUGUAUUUAACAAUGAGAAGCAUGUAAAUGUUGAUAUUGUGAAGCUUUUGGACAAGACAUUUAUUUCUGUAGACAGUCAUUCAAAUGUUUUUUUUUUUUCCAUACUCAAGUGCAUUAUUGACACUUUCAUUGUUAAAAGUGAUCUAGCAGAGGUAAAUUUCAAAUAUGAAACAGAUCAAUAUUGUUUGCAAGUGAGAGAAGAUAUAUGCACUGUAAUUAUGUAAUUCUUUCAUGUCUAUGGUGUUUUAAAACCCCAGUUAUAUCCCAGGCCAAACUGACCUGGCAACGACCCCCAAUAGUUGCCAAAAGUGACCACAAAAGGGUUAAAUCUUCAAGCCAGACGUGAAGAUGGCAAGGGAAAACCCCCUGAGAAGACAUGAGGAAGAAACCUUGAGAGGAACUAGACUCAAAAAGGAACCCAUCCUCUUCUGGUUGACACCAGAUAGUGUGAUUAUGAAUCAUUACUUCUCCACAGCUGUAUACUAUAGAGUGACAAAGUGCUACAUGUGUUGAAACUAUUCUGAGUAGGAGCAUUAGGGUCAUUUUUGAUUUUAUUAGAGUUUUGACUCUAAGUGAAUUUAUCUACUAUUCAAUGAUUGGAAUGUAGACUGUUUUAUCAAGUGUGGUGACUGAUUCUCCUAUGAAGGAGGCUCCAAGCAGAAGUAGAGCAUCAGGAUGGAGCAGGCAGGUCCGUCAGGCAUGUCAGAAGCAUAGCAGUGGAAGCUAAUAACAUGUUUAUGAAUAAUUGUACCCAGAGGCAGCAUAAAUAGAGAAAUGACCAGUGGGCCUAACACAGUUUUGUUUUAUAUUUCAGUACAGACCAAGUGCCACUUGAAAUCAGUGAAGGAAAUGUCUCCAAUACUCAUGUUGUAUGUUUUUUGGGUCCCUGGCGGACUAAUGGUUAGGCCACAGUGCUCUCACCACUCGGCCCAGGUUUGAUUCCUGGCCAGGGAACCAACCCCAGCCACUGAGGUCGCAUGCAACAGUGUGCUCUCGGAAUUGUAUGUGGCAAACACAGACAAAUGGACUGAUACACACAGUGAAACAUUCCAGUGUGGUUAUAGUAAAUAUAAGCACUCUUGGAAUGUGGCUUGACCAAUCAAAUUAGUGGCCCUGAACUAUCUGUUGUUUAAUUACUCUUUAAUUAUUUUCUAUUCUUAACUUCAUCAAUAUAAAAUAACUGUGCAUUACAUGUACAGAAAUUAGUUUGCUGCAGAGGUAAUGUUCACUAAUUUUCACUUUAAAAAUCAACAAAAUAUGUGAUUUGGCCAAAUAUUUAUUAAACAAGUGCUUGGUCUUUAGUUUUCUUUUGAAACCAGCCCAUAACUCAGCCCAUAACUGGCCAAAAGUAUGUGGACACCUGAAAAUCACACCCAUAUGUGGAUCUUCCACAAACUUUGGCCACAAAAUUGAAAGUACACAAUUGUCGAGAAUGCCUUUGUAUGCUUUAGCUUUAAGAUUUCUCUUUACUGCAAUUAAUGGGCCAAAACCUGUUCCA